AUGGAUAAUCGAUUUGCAUCUCAAGGGUCACAACAAUCCCAAGGACAACAAAUCCCACAAGGAGACGCUGGAUCACCUGGAAUAUCUGGCCCUGGAAAUUAUCAACAAUUUCAACAGCAACAACAAUAUCAAAUUUCACAACAGAUGGCUCAACGGAUGGUCCAACAGCAGAUGAUAGCCCAGCAACAACACUUGCAACAGCAACAGCAACACUUGCAGCAACAGCAACAACAAUCUCAACAGCAACAACCUCAACAGCAACAACCUCAACAGCAACAACAUCCAUUGCAACAACCUCCACAUCCAUUACAACAGCAACAACAGCAGCAACAGCAGCAGUUUCCUCAACAUAGAAUGCCUGGUAGUGGUAAUGGCAUGAAUAUUCCAAAUAAUGAACGGUCGUCGAGUAGAGCAAGUAAUGAUCCUCCUAAUUCAACCCCUGCACAUAUAGAACAAUUAAACAAUCAAAAGAAGCUAUUAAAUACUUAUAUUCAAGAUUUCCUAUUAAAAUCAAAUUUAAAGAAGUCUGCCGAGUCAUUUAGCAAAGAAGCAGAAAUGGAUCCUCAAGGUCGUCUCUCAAAGAAUGAUCGUGCUUCUUCAAUUUCUCCUGAUAUGAAUAAUGCAUCAUUUAAACCAUUGUAUGAUACGAGACAAGGCUUCUUGUAUGAAUGGUGGCAGUUGUUUUGGGAUCUAUUUAAUAUUAAAUCUAAUAGAGACGGUUCUGAAAUUGCGCAAAUUUAUUAUCAAAUUAUUAAUAGUCAACGACAAGUAGAACAAAUUCAAAGAAAUAUCGCUAUUCAAGCUGCAAAAACUCAAUAUAUUGCAGAGAGAAGAGGUGAAUAUCGGAAUGAAAGUUUAGAACCUAUGGAAUUGGCACAAUUAUUGUCUCGUCAACCUAUCUUAACUAAUGGAAUACCUUAUCCACGAUCGAUGAAUUCACCUGUAUCUAAUGCUCAAUAUAUGAUGCAACAACCACAACCACAACCACAACCACAACAGCAACAACCUCAACAACCUCAACAACCUCAACAACCUCAACAACUGCAACAACCGCAACAACCACAACAACCGCAACAACCACAACAUCCAUUGCAACAACCACAGGGCCAACCUGAUAGUAAUGUCCCAAAUGACCAUAUCCCUUCACGGACACCUCAAUCAAUGAGACCACAAAUGCAUGGCUCUACCACAAGCGUGAAUACAAUGAAUAAUAACGGAUCACCUAACUCCAGUAUCAGUAGUGCACAACAGAAGAAACAGUUAUUACAACAACAGCAACAAAUACAACAUCAACAAUUGUUACUUCAACAACAACAGCAUAUAGCCCAACAAAGACACCAAAGUCAACAAGCUUCGUACCAUGCUAGACAUUCUGCUCAACCCAACCCAUACCCAAUGAAUCAACAAGGUUACGAUUUGACUAUGGGAGGCCAACCUAAUGCAGUAUAUGGUGCACCAUCUAUAAAUAAUAACAAUUCUAUGGAAAUGAUGCAACAAAUGGGUCAUUCUGAUGCUAAUCAAAUGAAUCAACAAAACAAUAUCGGUUCUGACAAUAGUAAACAACUAAAUGGAACAACACAGAGAGGAAGAAAUAAUAGGAACAAACAGGACAUAGCGGCUGUCGAGAACAGCAAACAAUCCAUGAGUAAUCAACCAACACCAGGAUACGUGAACCAAUAUUCUAACGAUAAUAGAAUUGCUAGUAUGCCUAAUGAAGGUAAGAGUGCCACUUUUGUGAAAAAUAAUGGUGCUACUAAAAGAAAACCCUCAACUAAUAAAGAUAAAGCCAAGACUACGAGACAACCUGCCAAAAAGAAACGGUCCACAAAUUCUAAUACAAACAACAACAAUGGUAAUAAACCAGGCACAAGUUUGGUAAGUACACCUGUGGAGUCUAAAGGUACGCCUAAUUUCACUUUCGCAGACAACAAAAAUCUUCAUAACAAUACACCUGGUGCAAUGAAAAAAAUUGGGAAGAGAAGUCAAUCAACUACUCAAUUAAUGACGGAAUUAUCGGACCCCAAUUCUCCUCGAAUCACUACUGGUCAAGUAUCUACUUCUACGGAAUCAGCAAUGAAUAAAAAUGAUAUGCUACCUCCAAAUGGAGUUUCUCCACAUGUUAUUUAUUCACCACAAUAUAAAGUAAUGGCAACGCAAACUAUGAGUGCGAAGAAUCAAACCUUUGAUUCAAAUGUUCAAGAUAAGGUACCUGCUACAAAUAAUCAGGGACAAAGAAGAAGAAAAUCUACAACGUCGUUGACUAAUAAGAUAGGCCUUACUUCGUCCUCUAGCACAAAUAAUAACACAUCAUGGGAAUCAUCAGCUUCUGCACCUAAAACAGUAAAGAAUGCCAUCUUUUCGACUUCUGAACCUGUUACACCUCUUUAUUCAACAACUGUACCAGUUGGUGGAAAUUCUGCUAAGCAACAAAGUUCUUUAUUAUCAACCGUAGAAGAACAAAGUGUAUAUCCUAACAGGAAAGAUAGCAAUUCAAACAAAAGUGAUAAUAAUAAUAAUAAUAAUAAUAAAACAAAAUCAGAGAAAUCACAAUCAUCAACUACAAAGUAUGGAAAGAAAAAAAGUCAAAGAUCUAAUAAAAAUACAAAACAAGGGGAUGCUGGCCAUCGCACAAAUGUAAAUAGACCAGCAAUGAAAGCUGAUAGUGAUCCAUCUUUGUCUGGUCAAGCUUCUAAUUCCGAUGACAGUAAUAAUCUAAAAAGUGAAAAGAUUGAUAAUAAAAUUUAUUUUGAGAGUAAUUCUACCACUAAUCAUGGUAAUAAUCACAAUAUAGAUGAUACUGCUUCGAAUUACAUGUUCGGAAAUGAUAUACAAGAUGAUGAUAUGUUAUUUAUGAACACAAUAAUGGAUAAUGAUAAAGAUCAUUUUGGUAUGGACAUAAACAUGAACAUGGGUAUGGGCGUUGAUAUGGAAAUGAACGGCGGUGAUAUAGUGGUAAAAGAUUUAGAUACUGAAGGUCAACAAGUUCAUUCAAACAAGGGAGACUCUGACAAACAUCCAGACGCUUCUAAUAAUGUGGGAGCAGAACAAGAUUUUCCGUUUAACAAUUGGUCAUAG